AUGAAGCGCAUCUCAAUUGACCCGAAGAGGAAUAACCCUCCAACCCGAGAUCUUCCAGUGCUCACUUCCACCCCGGCUCAACUUCCCCCAGCCAAGGCGACGAAGCUUCAUCCAUCCAAAUCAGGCGAAGAGAAUGCAGCGCUGUUCUUCGUGGGAACGGCUACAACAAUCAUCCCAACUUCCUCCACGCAGGCGACCAUGUUCAUCUCGGUCCAGGCGUGUCAAGUGAGCGCCUCACCGAUCCGGCCGUCGACCUGCACGACGCUCCCUCGGAUUGAUCUUGUCCUUCUGUCCCACUAUCACGAGGAUCACUUUGAUAAAAAGGUCGAAGCUUCAUUGCGACGUGACUUACCCAUUAUCACUACACCCCAUGCAAAGGAGCAUCUCACUUCCAAGAAGCAGGACCCAUUUACAUCUGUGUACGCCCUCGACCCAUUUGAGCAAAUUGAGAUCAACAUUGAGGGCACAGCAGGCCCAGGACAACCCGGACUACGUGUGACAGGAAUGCCGGGAAAGCAUGUACCUUCUAACCUAGUAGAGAAACUCAACUCGCUAGUCAAUGUAUUCCCACCAACCAACGGGUGGAUGCUCGAACUAGGCCACAGCACCCACACUGCAGAUAUUUCCUGCGGUUAUCGCAUGUAUAUUUCGGGAGACACCUUGAUGGCAGAUGAGCUGCGUGAAAUCCCAAAGCGAUACGCAGGCCAACGAAUUGACCUGAUGCUCGCUCACCUUGGCGGCACCACCAUUCCUUCUCCUUUAGUAGGAAGACUAAUGGAACCGCUAGCGUUGAUGGUCACCAUGGAUGCGGAGCAGGGUCUGCAAUUAAUUCAGCUGAUCCAACCAGACGUGACUAUCCCGAUUCACUUUGAUGACUACGAUGUGUUUGCCAGUCCGCUAGAAGAUUUCAAGCGUAUCAUGGAGGUGGCGGGGUUAUUGGACAAGGUUGUAUUUUUGGAUCGCAAAGACCAAUAUUGCUUUCGAGUUAUGGACUAUUAG